AUGGGGAAAAAAUGGACAUACUGUGCUGUCUAUUCCAUCAUCCAGAUACAUUUUGUCAGGGGUGUAUUGGAAGAAACAUUCAAUGAAGAGGAAGACAUUUAUGCAUUACCUGGUUCUGAUGUCAACCUGACCUGCCAAACACAGAAGAAAGGCUUCUUGUUGCAGAUGCAGUUGUCCAAGGUCACUGAUAAGUUGGACCUGAUUGCCCUUUAUCAUCCCCAACAUGGCUUUUACUGUGCCAAUGGGAGUCCCUGUGAGUCGCUGGUGGCUUUCAGAGAAGCUCCCAGGAGUGUGUCAAAAUGGACUCUGCACUUAAGGAACAUGUCCUCCUUGCUCACUGGGAAGUGUGAGUGUAGCUUCACUCUGUACCCAGAGGGUAUUCAUACGAAAAUCUACAACCUACAGAUUCAGACAAAUGUUACACAGGAUGAAUGGAGAAGCAACCAUACAAAAGAAAUAGAGAUAAAUCAGACUCUGGAAAUACUGUGCUUUCAAAAUAUCUCCUUAGAAAUUUCCUCUGAACUCACCAUCGCGUGGUUGGUGGAGGAUAAUGGAACUCAGGAAACACUUCUCACCCAAUAUCACCCCAUCAGCAAUUCCACGUUAUUUAAAGACAGAGUCAAGCCAGGUACAGACUACAGCCUCUACCUCUCUCCAGUCCAAAUCCAGGAUGAUGGCCGGAAGUUCUCUUGCCAGGUUGUAGUCAGGUCUGGCAAAAUCUUCAGGCGCUCCACCACGGUCAGGGUUUUUGCUAAGCCAGAAAUCCCCACGAUUGUGGAAAAUAAUUCCAUGGAUGUCUUCAGAGAAGUGAAAUAUUUACCUGCACUGAGGAAUGUAUUUCCCACAGCAAAUCUUACAUGGUUUAUAGAGAGAAGCUUCCCUCAAGGUGAAAAGAGAAGAAAUACACAUACUAAUGAAAAGAGAAAAGACAAAGGAGGAUUUGGGGAACUGAAGUCUGUUUUGACAAGUGUGUAGGAUAAUAAACCAGCCCAGUCAGACAACCUGACCAUCUGGUGUAUGGCUCUGUCUUCAGUCCUUGGAAACAAAGUGUGGAAUAGCUCAUCCGAAAAGAUCACGUUUUCCUUGGGUUCAGUAAACCCUCCAACAGAUUCUCUGCUUGAUGCUAUAGAAUCUACCCGUGGCACCCGGCCAUCUCCAGCCAACAGCAUAUCUCCUACAAUAGGUUAUCCAGCUCCAUCUUCAACAGCCCUUGUAGAUGUGACUACAUGGACUCCAAACGUCACCCCUCCAAGUGCUCAAAAAGCGUAUAGCAAGGCUUUCCUCACGUGACUCAAAAGAGGCAACACAACACUACAGCUAUGAUAAUAUUGAGCCAGCAAAUACGACCUGACUACCCGAGGCUUCAACUACUCCUGGACCUCCAAUGGGAAAGAUGCCAAAUACUG